AUGUACCUCCAGUUCUACAUAAACGAAAAUGGGGACAAGGUCUACACGACCAAGGUGUAGUCCCGUAUUUAUUUAUUCUUACCUCAAUUGGUCCCCUGUUGUUGAUAGAUUUUUUUUUAAUUUAACUUUUUUGAGAUCGUGGCAUGCGAAUUUUUGAUAUUUGCAUUGUCCAAUUUGUACUCGUUCUGGUGGGUCUCUCUGCAAAACAUUUCAAUGCCUACUUUCACACGCCUCUAAGACGAGAGCGAAAUAUUUUUCCCUAUUAACAUGGCUACAUUUAUCGACAUUUAUCGACUCGUUCUGUUGCGAUCUGAUGGCUACAUAGUUCACCGAAACUGAUUUUCAUUUUAGCGGGCCAAUUCUUACCUGGUAUUCAUAACUUUUUAUGCUCCGAUUUUUCAAAUUUUACUAUCUUAAACAUAGUAAAAGCAUUUACUUCAUUUGUGUUCUUACGGUGAUUGUGUUCAAUAGAUGGAUCUCACUGCUUGGUCUAAUCGUCUGAAACUAAACUAGUAUCUGUUCAUCGGCUGAUUGAUUGCUGCCUUGGGUACCGUUAUUUAAUGUAACUAUGAUACCGAUGUUCCGUGAUGCUACUAUGAAGUUGGUAAUGAAAUAUACGCUUGAAUGGAGGCCAUUAUAUUCGGACUUCUGAUUAUUCCUUGGUAGAAAUAAAAUUGAAAUGUGGUUGGAUGAUGAUGAUGAUAUUAGCUUCUUGAUCAAUGAGGAGCUUUUCAACGGUGCAAUUUUGUCCCCUCCUAUCCUUUUAUAUUAGUCAUGUUACUGAUGCUGCGCUCCCACUUUGUAACAGAAAGAGUCACCAGUUGGAUUAGCGACGCAAUCAGCUCAUCCAGGUAAAGCAGAUGUUCAAGAAUGAUUUGUUUCCUUUUUUGAGUUCUCCCUGUCUUGAUUUACAUUAUGUAUUCCAAUGGGAAGGUUGAUUAUUUUUUUUUUAUCUCUUCUCGUCUUGUCAUUUUUCUCUGUAAUAAGCUAUUGGCUGGUGUGAUCUCAUUUAUUUAAACACCUGAGUCAUUCGAGUGUUAUGGAUUCUCUUAGGUUUUGCAUCAUAGCUCAUCAUCCCGUCUCAUCUGGUGAGCCAAGAAAAUAUCGAGUUCAGUGACCAGUUUUUGAACACAGAAAAAACGAAAAUAAUAGCUUGUUCUUCAAGUAGGUGUUCAUUAUCUGGUUCAUUAAAGGAUAAUGACUGGAAUGUUGUUUCGUUCUUAUGGUUCCCAAAAAAUUGGAUUUUUCACUGUCCCUAGAUCAAGUAUGCUUGAUUUCUCUUCUCAAUCCUAUGGAUGAUACGCAGAACAUGGAACUCUGUUGCAAAAUUUGUUAGAGACCAGGAAAUCGUGGAUGUUGUACAAUAUGUGAACGUAGAAACAUCUAGGUUCGUCCUACUGUAACGCAGCAGCUUCUCAUUGUACCAGCAAUUUCCUCCAUUUAUCCCGAUUCUGUGCGUUUGAUCAUGCUGCUAAACGUCUUGUUUGGUUGGAUACGCAGCUCGCUUCUCUCCAGACGACAAAUAUUCCAGGCAGAGAGUCUUGCUGAAGAAGCGCUUCGGGCUGCUCCCCACCCAGAAGCCGCCGCCAAAGUACUGA